AUGGGUAAAAACCGCAGCGCAAACGACCGACGCCAUGUACGGGGCAUGCCCGGCCAAGCGCCGGCCGAGCGAGAGCGUCGUUCGCUUCGUCACAAGGAGAGGGAACUGCGCGCGGUCGUGCUACAGCUGCGCGCGGUAGAACGUGUCGACCACGUUGCAGCUGCUGACGAACGUGACGCAUGUUUUCGUGAGGUUCGUCGACUCGCUGUGACGCCCCAAGGGCUCGUUUCGGACGCGUUUCGACAGGCAUUGUGGCCAUUUCUAUUGGGUGGACGUGACUUGGCCACAAUGCGACGGACGGGCGGUGCUCACACGGGCAAAAGCGUGGCCAAAGCGCAUCGGGAUGCCGCACAAGUGGAGAAGGACGUGGAGCGAUCGUUGUGGCACUAUGACGUUUUGCAAGGAAUGAAAGAAGCUGAGCGUCACGUGAAACGUCGUGCGUUGGCACAGCUGAUAUUGGGCGUCCUGGCCGCGAACGACGAGCUGUUUUACUUUCAGGGGUAUCACGAUAUCGUGUCGGUGUUUCUCCUGACAUUGGGCCACUCGAAGACGACGUUGCGCGUGCUCCAGAAUGUUAGUGAGACAUACCACCGAGAAUCGAUGCGGUCAGGACUGGAGCCAGUGAUGUCCAUGACGCGGUUACUGUUUCCAUUGCUGCAUGCAGCGGACGAGCUGCUGUUCCAGCAUUUGCACGAGUCCGGGGUGGAGCCAUACUUUGCGUUGCCCUGGAUGAUCACGUGGUUUGCACACCAGCUACAGCACUUCGGAGAUGUUGCUCGAUUGUUUGACGUGUUUCUCGUGACCCACCCGCUCUUUAGCCUCUACGUGUCCGCAGCGGUUUGCCUCGAGUCGAGAGAGGCCAUUCUCCGAUGUGAAUGCGACUUCGGCACGAUGCAUGGAAUGCUUUCGAAUCUGCCACGCUCUAUGGACAUUGAGAAGGUGAUUGCACGCGCUCUUGUUUUGCUCCACCAGUUGCCGCCAAAGCAGCUCCAGCAGCAAAGCGAAGUGAAGGCCGCCUCAGCCUUGGACAUGUGCACUGUCGAGUUUCCUUACGCGUACCAACCAUGGCCCAGUGUGACCACACCCAUGCUGACGGACGUUUUGCCAUUGCGUCCUCGUCAGUCAAGGAAUGGAAACAAAGCAGACUUUGCAGUGGGCUCUUGGCAGAUUUCUACCGUCGUCACGGCCGUAUCGAUUGGUGUCAUGGGGGUAGCGUGUGCGUACUUUCUUCGCGACCACGUCGGGUUGGGAACAUGA